UAAGGAGUCGCAUAAAGACUCUCCCUGAAGCACGUGACUCCUCUCAGCCCGACUGCCGCCGUGCCGCCAUUAUGGAUACCAGCCGUGUGCAACCUAUCAAACUAGCUAGGGUCACCAAGGUGCUGGGCAGGACCGGCUCCCAGGGACAGUGCACGCAGGUGCGCGUGGAAUUCAUGGACGAUACGAGCCGCUCCAUCAUCCGCAAUGUAAAGGGCCCGGUGCGCGAGGGCGAUGUGCUCACCCUAUUGGAAUCAGAGCGAGAGGCUCGGAGGCUGCGCUGAAUUUAAGUCUGGGUCCUGGAUGUUUGGGUCCACCAUUUGGCCUACAGGGAUGAUCUUCGACUGUUAAUAAAGUGUUUGUAUUGUAUGUAAA